AUGGAAGUAGUUGAAAAGCCGGAGGAUCGGAAAAGUUCGCCGGAGAAAAAACGUGGAGGCUGGACAGCCGUCUCGUUCAUCCUUGCAAAUGAGACGCUGGAGAGACUUGGAACGAUGGGAAUUGGGGCGAAUUUCAUGGCGUAUUUAACCAGAGUGCUCCACUUGGAGCUAGUGGAAGCUACAAUCAUUUUGAACGUGUGGUUAGGUUUCACCAAUUUCGCUACACUCUUCGGCGCCAUAAUCUCCGACGCCUACAUUGGCCGCUUCAAGACCAUCGCUUUCGCCUCCUUCUUCUCCCUUUUUGGACUAAUGACUGUGACACUCACAUCAUGGGUGCACCAACUCCACCCACCACCGUGCAACAUCCAACAACAUCCGGAGACUUGCGUCGGUCCAAACAAACUCCAGCUCGGAACUCUCUUGCUCGGCCUCGCCUUUCUCACCGUUGGCAGCGGAGGAAUCCGACCAUGCAGCAUCCCAUUCGGAGCUGACCAGUUUGACCAAAGAACAGAGAAAGGCCUUGAAGGAAUGGCCAGUUACUUCAACUGGUACUACUUAACUUUCUCCGUCGUCCUCAUCUUUGCGCAUACCGUCUUUGUCUACAUACAGGACAACUUCAGCUGGGUCGUCGGUUUUGGCAUUCCCACCGGUUUAAUGGCUUGCUCGAUCGUUAUGUUCUUUAUCGGUAUGAGGUUUUACGUGCGUGUCAAACCGCAAGGGAGUGUGUUCUCUAGUAUCGCUCGAGUCAUCGUCGCCGCUCAUAAGAAACGGAACCUCAAGCUUCCGAUGGAGGAUGACGGGACAGUGGAGUAUUAUGACCCGCCGGUUAAACCUGGCGUGUUAUCCAAGUUACCUCUCACCAACCAGUACAAGUUCCUCAACAAAGCGGCGGUGAUCGAAGAUUGUGAUCUGAAAUCCGAUGGAGUUCAGGCAAACAAGUGGAGGCUAUGUAGCAUUCAAGAAGUUGAAGAGUUAAAGUGUUUGAUCAGAGUAGUUCCGGUUUGGUCUGCUGGAAUAAUCUUGCUCGUUGCAAUGACCACACAAACAGCCUUCAUAAUCCCUCAAGCUACGAAAAUGGACAGACACAUGGGUCCGCACUUUGAAGUCCCGCCCGGUUCCAUAUCCGUAAUCUCUUUCAUGACAAUAGGCAUUUGGGUGCCUAUCUACGACCGCAUCGUAAUCCCGUCCUUAUGGCGAAGGCACAAGUACAGGAUCAGUCUCCUUCAACGUAUGGGGAUAGGGAUCUUCUUCGCCAUCCUCACUAUGUUCACCGCAGGAUUCGUGGAAAGAGCGAGAAGGACACGGGCUGUCGAAAUGAAGCAGACGUCGGUGUUUUGGCUGGCCCUGCAGCUGAUCUUAGCAGGACUUUGCGAGUCGUUUAACUUCAUCGGACAGAUCGAGUUCUUCAACAGUCAGUUCCCGGAUCACAUGAGGAGCAUCGCGAAUUCGCUGUUCCCACUCUCCUUCGCCGCAGCUAGUUAUCUGAGCAGUCUGCUGGUGGCCACCGUGCAUAAGUUCACAGUCUCGCCGGACUGGCUGAACAAUGAUCUUGAUAAAGGGAGACUAGAUUACGUCUACUAUUUGAUUGCCGGUUUGGGUGUGGUUAACCUUCUCUAUUUCUGGUACUGUGCCCGGAGUUACCAGUACAAGACCGGUUCACAAAUAGAAGAUUUGGAGGAAGAAGAAAAAUCUUUGGUGGUCUAG